AUGAAUGAACGAGUAAUUUUUUCUUUCAAUCGUAAUCUUUUCAAUUUCUCUAACGACUCAAUCAUUUGUCCGCAGAUAUUUAUUUUAUACGCUUUCGUUUUUCAAGUGGACCUGCUUCAAAUCAAGAAACAUGAACAUGAAUAUCACGUGACGCGUGACGUCAACCAUACACACACGAACAACAAUACCAACACAACAACACCAACAACAGCAACAGAGCAACCAUCCAACCAACCUACCUACCUGCAACAGACACAGAAGACCUUCGGGAACAACACACUGGAGACCUUGCCCCAUAUCGACCACUACAGAAACCUCCUCUCCACCACCGGUGUCAUGCGUUCCAGACCCACUUUGCUUGAGCUACACGACCUCGAAGCAGCCGUGAGUUUUAUACUAUCGUCUAUCUUGUGCCAUUUUUUAGAUCACAAUGGUUUCGACCUCCAAAAAUCUCCGAGCCACAUUGAAACUCAACCGAGUGCAACUGCUGCUGCUUCUAAGAAGUUUGGCUGGAUUCAGGGUGUCUUGGUUCGAUGCGUGUUGAACAUCUUUGGAGUAAUGUUGUUCCUGAGGCUGACCUGGGUGGUUGGGCAGGCUGGCAUCGGUCUCGCCACGGUCAUCAUCCUUCUCGCCUCCCUCGUCACCACCAUCACCACCCUCUCCAUGUCUGCCAUCAGCACAAAUGGUGUCGUUAAGGGAGGAGGUGCUUACUACAUGAUAUCGCGAAGUUUGGGUCCCGAGUACGGGGGUGCCAUAGGGAUUGUGUUCUCCCUGGCGAACGCUGUGGCCGUCGCGAUGUACAUCGUGGGGUUCGCAGAGACCAUCAGGGACAUCCUGGAGGAGCAUGAUUGUUUGAUGGUGGACCGGAUAAACGAUGUGCGGAUCAUGGGCAUCAUCACAGCAUUCGCCAUGCUGCUCAUCACUCUGGCUGGCAUGGGGUGGGAGGCGAAGGCUCAAUUAAUAUUAUUGGUGCUGCUACUGGUGGCCAUCUUGAAUUUUUUCAUCGGCACAUUCAUUCCUCCGAGUGAAGAACAGAAGGAAAGAGGAUUUACCGGAUAUAGUCUGACAAAUUUCAUGAAUAACUUUCCGCCUGACUUCCGCGGUGAGCACUUCUUCACCACGUUCGCCAUCUACUUUCCUGCUGCGACUGGCAUCCUAGCCGGGGCCAACAUAUCCGGCGACCUUAAGGACGCCCAGAAAGCCAUUCCGAAAGGCACGUUGCUGGCCAUCCUGCUCACCACCAUGACCUACCUGGCGGUCGCAUGGAUGUCUGGCUGCACAAUAGUCCGCGAGAAAAUGGGCCCAAUAAUUCCCGCCACGCUGCUGAGUGGCGCUGGUGCCAAUCAAUCUAUAACUCCGCCAAUUUUUAACAAUUCGUUCAACGAUUCGUCGAAUUAUUGUCGUGAAAACCCAUGCCCUUAUGGUUUGCUUAAUGACAUGAGGGCCAUACAGAUAUCAUCAGCGUUCGGUCCAAUAACGGUAGCAGGCAUAGUUUCAGCGACCUUGUCGUCAGCCCUGGCCAGCCUCGUCUCCGCCCCCAAAGUUUUCCAGGCCGUAUGUAAAGACAAAAUAUUCCCCGGAAUCGAAGUUUUUGGGCGGCCCUACGGUAAGAGUGGAGAGCCGAGGCUGGCUUACAUGCUGGCCUUCGCCCUGGCCCUUGCUUGCAUUUGCAUCGGUGACUUGAAUGCCAUCGCUCCCCUCAUAUCAAAUUUCUUCCUCAUGUCUUACGCGCUUGUUAAUUAUUCAUGCUUCGACGCAUCACUCGCCAAAUCACCUGGUUGGCGACCCUCUUUUAAAUACUACUCGAUGUGGUUGAGUUUGAUGGGCGCCAUUCUGUGUGUGGGGGUGAUGUUCGUUAUGAACUGGUGGACGGCCCUCAUCACCAUCGCCAUUGUGGCUGCCCUGUUCGUCUACGUUCAUUACCGCAAGCCUGAUAUAAACUGGGGCUCAUCCACGCAGGCCCACGUGUACAAGGACGCCCUACAAAACACCCAGAAAUUAGUCCAAGUGGAUGAACACGUGAAGAACUACAGACCACAGAUCCUGGCUCUAACUGGACUGCCUCAAGAUCGCGUACCCCUUGUCGAUUUCUGCUCUUCAAUCACGAAGAAUAUCGGCCUCAUGAUUGCUGGCCACGUUGUUUUGACUCCAGUCCAGUAUAAACUAAUGGACUUGCGACAGUCUGUGCAGAAGGCUCACCUCUGGCUGAACAAGCAGAAGAUCAAAUCCUUCUACUCUGUGGUUGCCGCAGACAACUUGAGGCGAGGCGUGCAAGCCAUGUUGCAGGCGAUAGGUUUGGGAAAGUUGCGUCCAAACGUCAUGCUCCUGGGCUUCAAAUCAAACUGGAAUGACUGCAGCCCGGAGGAAGUCCAGGACUAUUUCAACAUCAUCAAUGAUGCAUUCGACUUACAUUACGGAGUUGGCAUACUGCGUCUGCAGUCUGGACUCGAUUUUAGUAAUUUGCAUAAAAAAGAAGGAACGACCAAUUCAGAUUCCUUCUCCAAGCUGGCCACACCGACAACGGCGACCGUUGGUGGUCUGGGUGGCGACGACGAUGACGACGACGAAUUCGACUUCCACGAGAGGAAAAAUCGCGAAGAAUCGCCAAAUAAAAAUGAGAAAUUAGGCCUGAUGGGGAUUAACAACAACAACAGCAACAACAACAAUAAUAAUGACGAUGAUGGGUGCGAGAAUUGUGACGCGACGGGUGGUGUAAGAUAUUUCAGAAGCAAGCAGUCUAGAGGGUUCAUCGAUGUCUGGUGGUUGUUUGAUGAUGGAGGCCUUACUCUCCUAAUUCCCUACCUACUGAGUACCAAGAAACUCUGGAAGAACUGUCAACUGAGAGUCUACAUAGCAGGGAGUAAGGCCACUGAACUAGAUCGAGAACAGCGCCAAAUGGCGAACUUGCUGAGCAAGUUUCGUAUUGAAUACUCAUCUCUCGUCGUCCUGCCUGAUAUCGGCAAGAAACCUUCUGAACAGAGCAUCACAGACUUCAGCAAGUUGAUAAGUAAGUGGACAAUCAACAAGCAGCUGAAAGAGACAGAACAAACUCAUCCAUGGAAAAUUACCGAAGCGGAGUUAGUGGCGCAAAAUGCCAAGAACUACCGCCACCUAAGGCUGAAGGAGCUGUUGAAGCAGCACUCUUCAGAUUCCAAAUUCAUCGUCAUGACCCUUCCAAUUCCUCGUCGUGGCAUCUGUUCAUUCGGCUUGUACAUGGCCUGGCUGGACACCCUGACCUCUGACCUCCCGCCCUUCUUGCUGCUGAGGGGUAACCAGGAAAACGUUCUCACCUUCUAUUCUUAGUGCGUAAUGUAAAGAAGAGGAUGCUGGAAAAGUGGGUGACGGAAGAUAGGAAGAUGCAGUAAAAGAGGGCAGAGAAGAUGAGGUUGAGGUUGGGGUUGAGGGUGAAGAUGAGAAGGAGUCGAAUGAAGACGACGACGAUGAUUACAAGAUAAUGAUGAAAUGAUAACCAAAAGUUAAAACUCGACAGUAAUGUAGAUGAUGAUCAUUCAGGUAGAUAGUGAUGUAAAAUCAGUGAUGACUCAAAAAGCACCACCCAAAAAAUUUUUUACUUAACACAGGCAUCAAAACUUCUUCAGAAAUCCAUCGCAUGUAGAUUGCGUUUCAAGUUUAGGCUUAAUUUAUGCUACAAAUAUGAUACUUAUACAACACACACACGCACACAUGCACAUAUUUUGGCAAUUUUUCAAGAGAGAAAUUAUUCAGCCUCACAUCUUUACACCUGAAUUAAUUAUUUUAUGAUGAUAAUGAUACGAUAUUAUUGUUAUUAUUUAUUUAUUUAUUUAUUACUUAAUACCAAAUUAUAUUAUAUUAUAACCUUCCGAUCGAGAAAGCUUCAACGAUUAUAACAGUAAUAGUAGUAAUGUUAAUAGUAAUUAUCUUAUUUAUAUAUAUUUGCAAUUAUUAUUUGUAUUAUUGAGACUGUUAGGCGCAUUACGUAAUUCAUAAUUCAUUACGUAAAUUUCCUAAAAUUUAUGCAAUUUUUGUAUGUUACU